AUGCUGUUAACGGAACUAUCACCGUCAAAAGUUAACGAAUUCAAUUUCGUCAUUGAUGCUUUUAUUUCAUACACCGCUUUAUCAAUAGUUUUUGGCUCACCUUCUUUAGAAGUGUAUGAAACAUUAAUGAAUGAAUUAUAUGUAUUCAUGAAUGAGUUAAAAUCAAUGAUUUUCAUUAAUGAAGCCUUUAAUGAUUCAUUUACUGUUGAAUCCCUUAAUUCAAUUACUGAAGCAUCGUUGGCUUCGCCCUGGUCGCUUUGCGACUUAAUGAAAGGUACGCUGCAAACCGUCGAGUUUGGAUCAAAUGCCGUAGUCGGCUGGGGAGUAUUAAUUAUAUAA